UGGCUCAGGCCGCCAGGGGCCGGCAGCCAGGCCACGGCGGCGCGGCCCACGGGGCCCCCGGCGGAGCGCCAUGCAGGCCGCGGCCACCUCGCUCGCCCGCAGGCCCCAGCAUGCGAGCGCCUCGCUGCUGCACAGCCCCGCCGCGGCGCAGGUUCGCUGGCGGCAGUGGCUUUUCCCGAACAUGGCCACGAAGGGCUGGAGGCCGAGCCGCUUCGAGCACAUGGGCCAGGCCCUGCAGCUGGCCCGCGAGUCGAAGCGCAUACCCGUCUGGAAGCUGGGAUGGGCCGCUGGCAUCAACCCGAAGUUCCUUCUCAUGGUGGAGAGAGGC